CAGCUGCGCCAGCCAACGCGCUUCGUCGCUUUCUUCUUUUUCGUAAUCGGAUUGCAGGGACUGUAAUCGUUGCAUGGUUUCGGCGGUUUCGGGAUCGCUGAGAACGUUAGCUACAACGACUGAAGAUGCGGAGUAGCAAGCUACGCCAACGCCCUUAGAGAAGCGCGCUGACUGUACGGCGAGCCUCCGUGCUGCAGCCGAACGCCAUUUCGUGGAACCGACAGUGCCGGGCGGCGCGGCGCGUCACGUGAGUUUCUGAACUCCUAUCGUUCUACAGCGGGGCCGUGGUCGAGCCACGAACCGUGCCACCGAGGUUCCAUGUUCCAAACACUGAUUAACACCGCCCAGGAGCAGCGUUUGAGUGCGGUCCUCGUGCGCUAAAGCAUCGGAGAGUCGUGGCCGCUGGCGGCCCCUACUUUCGAGUGUUUACGGUAUCGGCGAUUGCAGAGGCGAAACCAUGGCGACACGGGUGUUCGUAGGCCGGCUCAACUACGACGUUCGCGAACGCGACUUGGAGCGCUUUUUCCGAGGCUACGGCCGCAUCGAAGACAUCGUUCUCAAAAAUGGCUUCGGUUUCGUGGAUAUCAGCGACUACCGCGACGCUGAGGAUGCCGUGCGGGAUCUCAACGGCAAGCGGCUCAUGGGCGAGCGAGUCACAGUGGAGCUGGCGAGGGGCAUGCGGCGCGGGCCUCCGGACUACGAUCGGGGUCCGCGGCGCUUCGGGCCUCCGACACGCACAAAUUACCAGCUGCUUGUGGAGAACUUGAGCAGCAGCGUGAGUUGGCAGGACUUGAAAGACUUCAUGCGUCAGGCGGGCGACGUGACGUACACGGACGCGCACAAGCUGCGUCGCCACCAGGGAGUCGUCGAGUUCGCCAGCUACUCGGACAUGAAGAACGCCCUGAGGAGCUUGGACAACGUCAGCCUGGACGGACGGAGGAUCCGUCUUGUGGAGACCAAACGCCUGCAACGUCGCUCGAGCCGAUCCAGCUCGCGCUCGAGGUCGCCGCGACGCUCCAGGUCCAACUCGAGACAGCGCCAGUCCUCGGGUCGCCGCAGGUCUUCGUCUGGCUCCGAACGUGCCUCUGCGCGUCGUCGGUCGCGUUCUUCGUCGAGGCGCCCGAGCAGCAGCAGGUCGCGGUCUGGCUCCAGGUCGCCACGCCGAGUUAACAACGGUCGUCGGAGUCGUUCGAAGUCGCCACGUUCACCGGCAAAGCGCCACAGCUCACGAUCGUCGUCCAGGGAACGUCGCGUCAGUCCCGACCAGAGACCCUCUGGUACCGAACAACCCGCAGACCAAGCCGAUUGCAAAGCCCAAGAGAACAACACUGGUCCUUGCGAAGAAGCGAGCAGCUCGCAUUCUCCGUCGGGAUACGCCGAGUGAAACAGCAACCAUCGCUUGAACAUUGCUCACCUCGCUGUUCUUAACCGUGAUUCCACUGAAUGACACCAUUUUCGAGUCAGCGAGAGGUACUACCAGCCUAUUUACAUGUGGAACUCUAAUCAUAGUCACUCGUGUGCAAAAAAAACAAAACAAAAACACUCCGUCACCGUUGUAAGAGCUCUUCUCAGGAAGCAGUGCUGGUUUGUGUUGGUGUUCCUGGUGUGGUUGUGUGGCAGAAAGAGCCACUGCUUGUUGUAGUUUUGUUCCUUGGGUUUUGUGGUCAAUAAAGCAACAAAGCUUUCACCACAUUUUCCAUGCAAAACCAAUGAAGUUGAAAAGGUAAAGGCAUUGUAGCCCGAUUGUGCUGCAGCAACUGCAGUGCAUGCAUGCUAUUUGCCAGCGGAAAGCCCUCAUCGCUCUGCUUGUUGUUAAUUGCUUUGUUGAACAAAUAAAGUAUCAAGUCACUGUGUACGAGCUGUA